UAUAUUUCGGCCAAAGCCCCGUUGAACUUGCUAGUUCGCCACUAACGCUCAUGGUUUGCCUAAUUCAGUAUGUCCAAAUACAAGCAGCUUGUCCUUAUUACCGGCGCCAAUCAAGGCGUCGGCUUCGAAACCGCCAAGAACCUAGUUCUCUCCUCGGUUAAAUACCAUGUCAUCAUUGGAAGUCGAGAUGAAGCCAAGGGGGAGAUAGCAGCACGAUCACUCCAGUCCCUCGACGACAUCAAAGGAACAGUCUCCAGCAUACAGAUUGACGUCACGGAUGAUAAUUCCGUCGAUGCAGCUGCACGGACUCUAGCUUCUGAAUGGGGGAGGUUGGAUAUUCUGGUCAAUAAUGCUGGUAUCAUCUCGAUGGCUAGUCCUCCGACGCGUGAAGCUUUUCGCAGGGUUCUGGAGACGAACCUCGCUGGUGCGCUUAGCGUCACAGAAGCGUUUCUCCCUCUUCUUCGCAAGUCAGAGCAUAAACCUCCUCGUCUCGUCUUUGUCACUUCAAGCACCGGGUCUAUCACUCAUACAUCUAACCCUGAAUCGCCACUUCAUAGCGCUGGAGCGAUGGAAUACCGGACUAGUAAAGCUGGGCUGAACAUGCUCAUGACGAUGUAUAACAUUCGACUCAAACAAGAAGGAUUCUUGGUAUUUGGGUCGGAUCCGGGAUUAUGUGCGACAAACUUUACGAGUGAUGCUGAGUCUCUUAAGCAGCGAGGAGCAGCGGAGCCGGCUGAGGGAGGGGAGAGAAUUGCGCGUGUUGUUAAGGGUGAAAAGGAUGAAGAUGUUGGGAAGGUUAUCGGAGUUCAGGGUGUAAACCCGUGGUGACACCACUGAUUUGGUUUCCGGGAAGCAAGUAGCAAAGGAUAUGCAUAAGAAUGGCGAAUUAUAUGGCAGUAUCGCCUGGACAUCUGAAACUUGGUGACAUCAGUCUCUGGGUUAUCGGGUUGUCCAUUAUUCUCAAAUCACAAUUAGGAAUCAGAUUAUCUCCGGCAGGAGGUCCCUUUCAAGCGAAUGUAGCCAAGAUUCACUAACGUUAGCUGUC